GGAGUUGAGAAGGACGGUUGAAAUUUGAAUUUGGUGUCAUUUACCCAUACACACAAUUUGCCUAGCAAAGAAACUGAACAACGCCACCUGCUUAAGGGGGGAUGACGAUGGUUGAUUCUGACGGUGACAUUUACAAGAAUUUUAGACAAAUCACUCGUCAACGAUUAUCCCAUGAAAUGCUUCGAUUCACCAAACUGGAUGUCAAUCAGUCAACUUGGAAGUGUUAUCGGGUUGUUGUCAGACAUGAACAAGAUGUCACCUUUAUACAAAAGGGCGUUUGUCUUCUUCAGCUCACCUAUUUCAGAACAUCUAUUAGCUCUGGUUAAGGAAAAUGUACGUGAACUGCCUGGAAUAGUAGUGUCGAGAGAGGAAUUUCCUUGUAUUAUCGUGCUGCCAAGUUCCUGGACGUGGCCGCAGUGACACCAUAUCAUGAUCUUAUCCCUACAAAACUGGCUGCAAG